AUGAAUUCGAGAGAGAAGCAAGUUAUCUUUGGAUGCCUUACAACGAGGCUACUGGUUUCCCUAUUAUUUCCAUCUUUACAACAGCAGCUAGAUAAAGCGGUUGAGUUUUCUACCCCGGUAACGAGUUUUCGAUCGCUGCAGGAGGGUGUGUUUCUUUUACAGAAUGAUCUGCCUGUAUACAAUGGAGGUGUUGUGCACCAUCUUCCUUUACUCGUUGCAUUAAUGUCUGUUGUGACCAAAGAUUCGUUGAUUUCAUUAUUAUAUGCUGGUAUUGAUGCAGUAAUUGCGUAUCAGUUAAUGUUAAUGAGCAAGCAGUUCAGUGCUCAACUCAAAAUGCCUAAUUGGAUCCCUGGGGCUUUAUAUGCCGCUAACCCGCUGGUGUUACUGUCGUGUGUCAGCAGAUCUACCGUGACCUUUACAAACUUAGCAAUAUCUACUGCGUUGCUUGCCGCACUACAGGGUAAUGUGUUCCUGGCAUCUGUUUCAAUUGCAGUUGCUGGUUACCUGUCUUUCUAUGCUUCCUUCCUAGCUAUUCCGAUGUUAUUUAUUUUAAAACGGGGCAGGUUGCAGUCGGUCAUUACAAUUAUUAUUUCUCUGAGCUUGUAUUUACUAGCCAGCUACAAAAUUAAUAAUGAGAAUUGGAAUUUCCUAAGGUCUACCUAUGGUGUUGUCGUCACCUUUAGUAGACUAAUUCCCAAUUUAGGCUUGUGGUGGUACUUCUUCAUAGAAAUGUUUGAAUUCUUCAUCCCAUUUUUUAAAGCCGUAUUCAACAUUUUCGCUAUUUCAUUCAUUACCCCAUUCAGCAUUCGGUUCUACAAACAACCUUUUUAUGCAUUUAUUCUAUGUCUGGGGUGGGUGACGCUAACCAAGCCAUACCCUACAUUGGGUGAUGGUGGGUUUUUUUUGAGUUUUGUUCCAUUUUUUCAACCGUUAUUUGUCUAUCUCAGAUAUUCCAUUAUAUCCAUCUUGCUCUUCAUUCAUGCCAUUGUCCUCGCACCUAUAUUCUACCAUUUAUGGAUUGAUUUAGGAUCGGGAAAUAGUAACUUUUUCUACGCAAUUUCCCUGGUCUAUGCCUUAGCUCUGGCUUCCGUUGUUGUCGACUUGUGCUGGUCUAUGUUGAGAAUAGAAUACGACAACGGUAACCCAAAGUUAGACGUACAACUAACUCAAUUAUAG